UAGGAUAAAACUAUUUGAAGUUAUUCAUUCAAAACCAGAACUUCCUCACGCAAUUGGUGAAGUUUUGCUCAAGUCGAAUAAAAGGCAAAAGUGAACACGUUUGGGGAGGCAACACAUCAAGUUAAAGGUGCUCCAUCUAUUACAACUUUUUUCUUUUUAGCCUUCCUCCUCCUCCCAUCCUCUCCAUCUCCCUGCUUCUCCUCCUCCUCCUCCCAUUCUCUCUGUUCCUCUGUUUCUCUUCCCUCUGCUAAUAAAUUAUGUAUGCCAUCUCCAACUCACGGAGUGCUGCACUGCUGCACUAUCUCUUCUAAAUUGCUGCUCUCUCUCUCCCCCAUUUCACUCUUCGCCUCUCAAUCUCUCCCCUUGCCGCCCCCUCUCUUACUCACUCUUAAUCUGGCUCUACCAACUCUCUCACUCUCUCUAUAUAUGAACACACACCAUACACACAAACUCAACCCCCACCACCUACCCAACCAUACACCAUUCCUGUCGGUAGGACCAGCUCUUCUUUCCCAGAGUUCCUUGCAGCUCAACUCCACCCCGGAGGCUUCGCUCCAGUACUCUGCCAGCUACCAUAGCAACCAGACCCUCGCCCAUAGCGACAGCAUCUCCGCAGCAACUCCUCAGCGCAGCGGGCAUGUUGGAGGAGCCGUGCACAGCUACAACCAGGUGACAUCUAGUCGUGCAGCCCAGCAUCAACAAUCACAGAGCGGGGCAGGGUCAGGUAUCUAUUACUCCAGCUCCACCUUACCCACCCAGCGUGUCAGCUCCCCUCUGUCUGCAGGAGGAGGCUCCGGUUCCCCAGGUAAACUCCAACGCCUGGGAUCCUCCUCUGAAACCCCGGGGUACUCUACCACUCAACGCCUGCCCUCCUCCUCCUCCCCCAGCAAACCGUCUCCUGGUACUCGCCUGGCAAAGUCAUACAGCACUACAGUUGCUGUGACAACAGCGGGAGGGGGCGGGUCUCCCCAAAGGGUCGCAUCUCCACCCAACUCUACAUCUGGGGGAGGGGCCAGCUCAUCAUCGUCCCCUCUCCACCAGAUGAGUUCAGGCAUAGGGAGCUAUGCCACUUUGUCUCCCAAACGCCUGGCAGCUCACCACGCUUCUGACCAGUACAAGAUCAACCACGAGCUCUACGCUUCAGCGACUCUGCAGAGGCCUGGCAGUCUGGCAGUUUUCCUCUUCCUCCUCCAGGCUCUGGAGAAGAAGAGGAAGAAGCAGGAGUGCCUGCAGGAGGAGAUCAUGCGCAUCAACGCAGAGACCAUGCAGGCCAAGGAGAGGAGGCUGGAGGAGGAGAGACAGGCCGACAUGAGGGACAUGGAGUACUUGAAAAACAAAAUGGAGCGGGCUUCAGAGUAUGAAGCAGAGCAGAAACGCUUGAAGAAGGAGAAGGAGCUGGAGAUUGCCCGGCUGAGGGCCCGGCAGGAAAAGGCAAAAGACUACAAAGCAGAGCAGGAUGAGCUGCGUGCUCGGAGGAACCAGGAGUUUAAAGACAGAGACUGGAGGAGUAAGCAGAGGGAGCUCGCUGUGAAGAGGGCGCAGGAGGAGGAGAUGCUGAUGGCGGCGCGCACCGAGCAGGUUCGCUGCAAAGAGCACUUCCUGUCCAUCGAGGCCGGCCGCGAGAAGGCAGAGUUUGAGAGGGUGCUGAGCGUGCAGCAGCAAGCCAUCGUCAAACUGAAGGAGGAAGAGGAGAAGCGGCGUCAGAAAUUAAGCCGUCACUCAGAGGCCAUCAGGACCCAGGUGAAGGAGCAAGAGCUGUCGGCCGUCGCCAAGCGCAGAGAGCUCUUCAAGGAGAGCGAGCGGCUGAUGGAGGAAGACCGGCAGAGACGCGUCCGCCUCGAGGAGAUCAAGGAGAAGAAGCUGCAGGAGCUCAAGUCAGUACAGAGGCCCGAGUCUGCUUUCGGAGUUGUUGACGGGCAGUCGUUGAAGAUGGUGCAGGUCGUGUGCAUUUAA